GAGAUGUUUCUAGUUGGGAGCCUCGUUGUCCUCUGUGGGCUACUGGCCCAGAGCUCGGCCCAGCUGGCAGGCCUGCCCUUGCCCUUGGGCCAGGGCCUGCCCUUGCCACUGAACCAGGGCCUGCCCUUGCCCUUGGGCCAGGGUCUGCCUUUGGCCGUGACCCCAGUUCUGCCUUCAAAUCCCACAGGCCAUCUUGCCAGAAGCUUCACAGACGCUCUCAGCGGUGGCCUGCUGUCUGGGGGACUGCUGGGCAUUUUGGAAAAUAUUCCACUCCUGGAUAUUAUAAAGUCUGGAGGUGGGAAUUCUAAUGGCCUGGUUGGGGGCCUGCUUGGAAAACUGACUUCAUCAAUCCCUCUCCUGAACAGUAUCCUUGACAUAAAAAUCACUGACGCCCAACUGCUGGAACUUGGCCUUGUGCAGAGCCCUGACGGCCAUCGUCUCUAUGUUACCAUCCCUCUGGGCUUGAGACUCAAAGUGAACACGCCCCUGGUCGGAAUUGGAAUUUUGGAACUGGCUGUGAAGCUGAACAUCACCGCAGAAGUCUUGGCCGUGAAAGACAAUCAGGGGAGGAUCCACCUGGUCCUUGGGGACUGCACUCACUCCCCUGGCAGCCUGCAAAUCACCUUGCUCAAUGGAGUCACUCCCCUUCAAAGCGUUUUAGACACCCUCACAGGGAUAUUGACUAAAGUCCUUCCUGACCUGGUGCAGGGCAAGGUAUGUCCUCUGGUCAACGGGAUUCUCAGCCGUUUGGAUGUCACCCUGGUGCACGACAUUGCUGAAUUACUGAUCCAUGGACUACAAUUUGUCAUCAAGAUCUAGGCCUCCCAGGAAGGGAGGAUCUGCCUUUAGUUGAGCUGAGAAGAAUUGCUGCUUCUCAGUCUGCUGCCUUUUGCCCAGCUUCCCAUUGGCUCACAGAAGAGGGCCCGUGUCCUGGGAAAUGAUAUGCUUACCUUCUCCCAAGGAACUUGAUCUCCUUUCCCACCAGGAAUGAUUAAUCCUGUGAUGAUCACUAAAU